CCGCCGCCGUUUGCGCCGCCUAUGGAUCAGCUGCCGCAGCCGCUGUUCAACUUUGCAGCGUUUGCAGCUAUGUCCCUUCAAGAUGAGGUACACAGCAUGGUUGUCGACCUUCUCGCGGCGCGGGCCGGGUGUGACGAUGGAGGCGACGAUGCUCUUGCGAUUGACGCGGGCAUUGUCGAGCUUCUGGUCGGCGUUCCGGGCGUCGGACCGUACCUCGUAGCACGGUACGCAGGGGCGCAUCCGCCGGCGUCGGCCACGCCGCCGCACGUAUACUCGAUGCUUGUGUCUGCUGCCGGCGUUGACCCGCAGAUCUUUGCCCACGAUCCGGUCUGGCAUGCGAGCAAAGCCGUUGAUGCACUUGACCGCGGCGCGCCAGUGGCGCCGCAUUCACAGCAGCUCGCCGCGGUCGUCACCGCUGUGCUGGCCACCGAUCCGAGUGCACGGCUGCACUCGCCGUUUACCUCUUCGGCGCGAAUCCGCAGCCAGCUCCUCCAUCCAAGCUUUGACACCCUCUGGAGCUCAGCAGGCUCUGAUCCCGACCUCGCUGCUCUCCGCGCCGUCCUCGCCCCAUCGGAGGCAAGCAAUGCUGGCUCUGACUCGAGUUCCAAUCUGGAGCUGAUGGAUGCCAACGAACAUGCUGUGUGUUGAGAUGAGUGGAGCAGCUGGAUUGAAAGCAUGCUAGGGGA